CCAUACUAUAGCUCGUUGCUUUGAAUCGAGUAAACCGUGCACAUGCACGUAACGAGUUUGUUUGGAAUUGUGAAAAUGUGAACACCGAACAGCUAAAACUCCAAACACAGAUUAUAGAAGAGGUUAAGUCAGUUGGAUCGAUUUCAGAUACGAAUAAAUCAAUUUAUCAAUAAAAAGUAAUUUUACAAGUACAAUUCAAAGAUAGAAUUGACCAGAAUUAUUUCAUCAUUGUAGUAUUUUCUAUUUUGAAUAAAAAAAUUGUUAUCGGUGGCUACAUCAUUUUGGAUUUUUAGCCUUUCAAAAGUUUCAAACAUGACGUUACAGAAGCUGAGCGUGUCUGCAAGUUUUUGAAAUAAAAAUGUUUACUCAAAAAUAGGCCUACUUUAGUUUGUAAAAACAUUUUUCUAGACAGAUUGAAAUGGCCGAUAUAUUUUUCAUGCCUGAUGCCAGAUUACUAUUGAGAAACAGAAGCCUUCUCUUCCUUGGUGGAUCAAGACUCUGAACAAAUCUGGGAGGUAGGACGCCAAAAGAGUUUCAACCUUUUUUGUGAGUGAGUGCCUUUCUGUCGACAUUUUUGCGUGGUUGUGCGGCAGAGUGGAAAAGGGAAAUUUCGGGCCUUGACUAGGGAAAAACUACUGGCGAAAAGUGGAAACACUGAGUCAAAAGUGCAAAGCAAGUGCAUUCCUGAAAUCUUCGAAUUCAAAACAAUACUGAAAAACAACUUGCCACGAAAACUAAUUAUAAUGGCUGAUAUUUUUUUGCAGUCCGAUUGUCAGUCACUUCUUAAGAACAAUUUUAUACUUCUACUCGGUGAUUCAAACACCAGAGCUGUUUACAAAGAUUUGAUCUGGCUCCUACAACGUGGAACAUUGAUUGAUAAUUCUUGCCUCCGCCAAAAGUUGGAACCCAGUUUUCUUGGAGACAAACUAGUGGAGAGAAGUAGCCUGCAUAAGGGGCGCAACUUCGUAGAAACUCGACAUUAUGAGAUGAACAACAUGAAGAUACACUUUCAGUUCAUAACUCGAUGCUACAAUGAGGCCAUUGAAGAAUUAUUUACGUCAUUCAAGGCGACCCAGCAUUACCCGAAUGUCGUAUUCAUCUCAUCUCUGCUUUGGGACAUAACAAGAUGGGGACCAGACGGUGUUGAUGCAUACAAAGAAAAUAUGGUUAAGCUGAUGGAUCUCAUGAAAAGUACGUUACCUCCAAGCACUUUGGUGAUAUGGGGAACAACUCUGCCAAUUUCGUCGGAUGUUAGAAGUGGAGGCUUUCUCAUCAAACAGAUUGAAUUCAUGAAACACACAAUGCGCUUCGAGGUGAUGGAAGGCAAUCUUUUCGCCAGCCGUCUGGUGUCGUCUCACGGAUUCGAUGUAUUGGAUCUGCAUUAUAACAUGCGCAUGCAAAUCCACAGGAGAUGCAAAGAUGGGAUUCACUUUAUAAGCAUGGCUGUGCGGCAUGUAACCAACUUGCUGCUCUCUCAUAUCGCGUUGACUUGGGACUACAAACUGCCUGGAAAUUAUGUCAGUAAACAACUACUGGGAAUGUUGGGAACGGACGCACUUGGGAACCCGUUCAAUAGAGACAACAGUGGAAUCUACCAAUCAAAUACACCAAUGACUCAGACCAAUCAACAGGGCAAUACGCAUAAGCAGACUGUCCCGCAACAGAGAAGAAAAAUUUUAAGAGGAAAAUCAAGGAGGCGAAAUAUCUUCUAGGAUUGUAAGGUGGCAUGAAGAAAUGUGAACCAGCGACUGGACUGUUAUACCGACAAGGCAAUUCGUGAACCAAAUCAUUCAUGAAUAUCUAGCAAUAGCUAUACUUGACUUUUAUAAUUUUAGGGUAAUGUUAUCAAAGAAUAAUAUACUGUACCCACACUUCAAUUGAAAGAAUUUACAACUUUUUCAUGUUGCAUUUUUUACACUGCGCGAAUUGUUGCAUUCUUUACACUGCGCAAAUUUUGAAUUCUUCUGCGACUGCGCAAAGAAAAGGAACGUUAAGUUUUCAAGGUCCAUAUAACUAAUCACCAGACUGUGAAUUUUUAUUUCUGUGAUUUUGAAUUAGUCAAGAUUGUGAUUUUCUUUAUAAAUAAAUUAAGUGAUACUAUUGA